AAUUUCAGAGGGGCUGCGCCGCCGUCAACUUCCAUGCGAUUGCGACUUUGCGAUUGAAACCAUCUCGCUGUGUCGUCGCCAUCACCACAAUCACCACAACCACAACCACCAUGUCCGCAUCUCUAAGAACCCUCGCCGCAAGGCAAUACCAACGCGCCCUCGGCGAAUGGCCCCGCGACGCCCUCCGGCCUGAAUGCCAGCUCCAAGACGUCCUCUCCAAGCGCCUGCAAAAGAACAACGGCAGCCUCUUGCCCAACAAGCCGGCCUUUACCAAGUUGACCAAGGAGGCGAAAGAAGAGGCCGAGAUCAAGCAGGCGAAUGCGCUGAUUGGCUUGUUGGAGAAUCGGUACAAGAACAAGUACCGCAUUACUGGCGAACUUCUUAGGCCCAAGAGUAACCCCAAGUAUUAUACCGAUUUGACCAAGGAGCUUGAGGAGGCGCCGAACAGGACCUUCCUUGGCAGGAUGGCGAAGAGGCUGGGAGGUAUCAUUCGCUUCCAGUCGUAAGGCCGGAAGAAGACGAAGAAGAAGAGAAGAGGGGUGUAGGAUUACUUCUGUACAAAUACCGAAUUGCAUGUGUGGUUCAUGGGCAGGCAGGCGUCUGGAGUCUGGGGAAAUCAAAAGUAAAAUAAAAGGCCUGGUACAUAUGAUGGGCUAGAGCAAAGGCUCGUUGCGAUAGGUCGCAAUCGACAGCAUUGGGCGGAAAG